UACGUAAUUUAUUUUACUGCAGUUAAUUGACAACAAACUCAAGGAAAAUAAGUUCAAACUCUACCCUACCACUCACUAGUAGAGAAUUGCUGACUGGAAUUCUCUGUCAAGGAAGCGAAGCUUUUGAACCAUCUCUCACCCUCUAACUGAUCAACAAUGGAUUUUCUCAGUGGAAAUCGUAAAAUUGAAUGGAAUGCUCUGUUCCAGUUUUCACAGCUGACAAAAGAUUGUCAGUCUCACUUGAAGAGAGUCUACUCCUGUUUGGCAAUGUGCAUGAUGGCUGCAGCUGUAGGAAGCUAUGUCAAUGCUGUGCUUCAUAUUCUUCAGGGUCAGUUCCUGACAACUAUCGCAACUUUGGGCCUCUUCUUCUGGCUUCGUAGCAUUCCACAGACAGCAGAGAACCAGGGCAAGAGACUCUCCAUUCUCCUGGGAUUUGCCUUCUGCGUUGGUGUCAGCACUGGACCUCUUCUCACAGUUGUUGCAGAAAUUGAUCCAUCGAUCAUCACAACAGCAUUCAUGGCUACCACUGUAGUCUUUGUGUGCUUCAGCCUGGCUGCCUUGAUGUCACAGCAGAGAACUAUGCUCUUCUUGGCAGGACCUCUGAUGUCAGGUCUGUCUAUGAUGAUGAUCAUGUCUCUUGUCAACAUCUUCUUCAGGUCUGCCAUGGUGUUUCAGUUUGGCCUGUAUAUUGGAGUGGUAAUCUUCAGUGGAUUCAUCCUCUUUGACACCCAACUCAUCGUUGAGAAACACCUCCGAGGUGAUAGAGACUUCAUCAUGCACUCUGUGGAUCUUUUCCUUGACUUUGUCAACUUGUUCCGUCACAUCCUGAUCCUGAUGGCUCAGAACAAUGAGAACAAGAACCGUCGCAACAGGAGGAAGUAGAUUCACCUUUCUCUCUACUUCAAGCAUUUUGGAAACAUCUGAAAUUUUCAUUUCAAUUUCAUGAAUUUCAAAAAUAAUUAACAUAUUUAAUUUUCAUAUUUCAUAAUUUUCAGAGAUUCUAUUACUAAAAUUUAGAUAAGCAUUUGUGCAUAAUGGUAAAUGUUGCUGAUGUGACAGACAAAGCAGGAGUGGAUUAUAUAUAGUUAACAAUCGCAUAGAGUCACAAGCAUUUAGACUUAUGAGUCAAAUAUAAAUAUCACGAUGUUAGUAUGGCUCAGUUCUCUUAUUUAAUUACCAUUUAUUUAAUCUAAGGACAAUUCAACACUUGUACCUGUUAAUAUUAGUGUAAUGUGGCUACUGUGUUUCUGUGUAUGCUAUGGUGGAGGUAGAAAAAAAAAUUCCAUUCACUUUUGAGUUAAUACAGAUCUUUGGUAAAGAAAAGUGAAAAGAAUU